GGAGAGGUAUUGGUGAGCUUGCAGCGAGAUAGGGCGCGUAGGCGACUGAUUGGGUAGGGGGGGUUACCGCUGAGUCAAAUGUUCUUCUGCGACUGCCCGUCAGCUCGCACGCAGUCGAUUGCGUGAAACGUGGGAGAGGUUUAAUUUUAUCGUUUGAGGUUCAUUCAUUUUUUCUUCAACCUUGUCGGCGGUGAGACGGACGAGGAAGGCAGCGUGCUGCGAGCUGCGAGGACGGCGGCUUUGGCGGAUGAUUUCGAAAAAUUACACCCGCAAAAAGUAGUGUUGCUGAUAGACCAAGAGCGCAUCACAACUAUUCACGGCAGUUACAUACAAAUAGCCAACGGUCUUUGAGAGGGCAUUGGCAGCCGACCGACGCUUAGAGAUAUAGGCCUGCGCAUACAUAGACGCGUAUCAGGAGGACACGUUCACAGCUACCGCAGAAGGACUCCGAGACUGUCAGCACAGGGAAAGCGGUUCAAGAGAUCGUCAUCAACAUGAGGCCGCAAGUCCCACACUUGAGCUCGUACGGACAGAACGGCCACGUGGGGACCCACGGCCACAGCCACACGGGGACCCACGGCCACCCGGGGACCCACGGACACUGCCACACGGGGACCCACGGUCACACUGGGACCCACGGCCACACGGGGACCCACGGACACUGCCACACGGGGACCCACGGCCACACGACCACGAGCUACAGCAACAGCGGCACUGCCCACGUCGGGAAAUGUGGCAGCGGCGGGAUGCAGGUGGUGAAGACCAGAGGCGAACCCGUCUACGUGAACUCGCUGCCCUUGCCGCCGGAGAAGGACGAGACGCGAUGGAGCUGGGUCACGAGGUGGUGGAGAGGCUGCACCCUCUUCCAGUGUCUCACCUUGUUGCUCCUGGUCACGCUGGUGGUUCUGGCGUUCAUUACUCUCGUCCCACUCGCCUUCAAGUUGUACAAGGGAAAGUUGAUCGGGGACUUGGACAUUGAAAAUGGGGCCAUGCAAAAGCCCGAGGCGCAGAAGCAUGAACUACUUGCACGGAAAUUCGAUGCGAUGAUGAACAAAAUAGAGGCUAUUUCAAUUCAAUCGCCAUUUCCAAGGGGUCAUCUGGCAGUUACGGAGGUGGCUAACACUCCAGGCACAAAUACAACCAAGUGGAACUGCACUUUUACAAUACACGGAGAAUCCUUCCUCCUGGGAGGCAUGAGGUGUGAAGAUGACAUGCGUAAAGUCACCGUUCCCCUUGAUGGAAUAUACAACGUGCACGCUCGCGUCACGCUCACGUGCAAGACAAACAUCGAACAAAGUGCUACCUUAGUGGUUCAGUGUGACAGUUACCGAUUACCACGAGACCUCUCCACUGUUAUAUCACCCACAUGUGGUGUUCACCAGCGUACCACAGUGGCCUUGAUCUUUGGGCUUUUUGAACUUAAAGCAAAUUGUAAAUUAUCUAUAACUUUGUCACACAUAGAAUCGCUGAGAAUCGGAGAUAAAUAUACGUCCAUGGAUGUGUACAUGGUGUCGAAUGAAAUCAGGGCACCCAAAAACUAAACGUACUUUUACAACUUUAAAAAUAAACAUUCUUCAAGCGUUACCGAGUGCACUGUCAUCUGUGUUGCUAUUGCCGAGCACAAAGAGACCCAACUGAAUGUUGUUACGCAAAAGUAGCAUAGGACAACGGCAAGCACAAUGUGCAACCCAGCCCUGGUGAUGCAACGGACCGGUGACAAAGGGAUAAACCGCAGCUUCUCCAUGCCUAACAACAACAACACCAAAUAUCACAGUGCACCACUGCAAGCAAUGCUGGCGGGGCUACUCAGGGUGGCUGGCUCUCAACAUGCUCUCCGACAAUGACAUUGGACAAAAAAAUUACAGACUGAUCUGCAACUGGGUUUUUUUUCGAAACGUUUCGCAAUGCCAGACGAGCAGAGCUCUGCCCGGUGUGUGCGACUUAGGGGAAAUGAGCUGUGGGCCACGUUUUAUCCGGCAGCAUGAAACUGACAUCCCAGAAGGUUAUUUUCAGAUGUUCACCAAAUAUAUUCGGCCGAAUAAGAUGGGCACGGACCGGUCCUUGAACGCGACCGCUGCGCUGUUGGCUUUCGCCCUUGGACUUGUCCGAUGAGACGUGCUGUUCAUAUAUUUUCUAAACCCUGUUUAAUUGCCAACUCUCGCGAGCGGUCAUCGCAAGGCUGAUUAUUGUGUAAAUAAUUUAACUUUAACCACUCUACAUAUUACCUCCAGUUCAUUGUACGGUCUCCUUUGUGGUUAUUACAUACCGUAUAUGUAACACAAGUACCAACCAGCCUCUAGCCUUGUGUCACGUCUAACAAUGUGUAACAUUGCUUGGGGUGGUGGCGUGGUUGAUAGCGCUACCCCUCUCCAGGGGCUUUUGACCCAGAAAAUUGAGUUCGAUUUUCGGAGUUCAGAUGCGAGCGAUAUCUGAGCUGGUGCUGGGCUUCCCCUCCAAAGACAAAGAUUCCCCCUACAGCCUUAACAGACUG